AUGCAUCUUAUGUACACUACUGGAAGCGACGGCAAGCGGGUCUAUACUCUCAAGAAGACCACCGAGUCUGGCGAGAUUACCAAGAGCGCCCACCCCGCCCGAUUCUCUCCCGACGACAAGUACUCUCGACAGCGAGUCACUCUCAAGAAGCGAUUCAACCUGUUGCCUACUCAGCAGGGUGAGUAUUAA